GUUCUACAGCAGCUGACAGGCACUCUAGCCCUAGCAGUGUUUUCUGCAGUCUUGGGUUCUCUACAGUAUGGAUACAGCCUGGGAGUCAUCAAUGCACCACAGAAGGUGAUUGAGCAGCAUUAUGGGCGGUCCCUGGGGGUGCUCCCUGAGGAGCGUCUCCUAUCAGAAAAUGAUACAGAGACAAGGAAGCAGGAAGUGCAUCCGUCUGUGGUCAUGUAUUGGUCUCUGUCUGUGUCAAUCUUCUCCAUCGGGGGUGUGGUGUCGUCCUUCCUGGUGGGCUUCGUUGGAGACCUGAGAGGAAGGGUGAAGGGCAUGUUGAUGGUGAAUGUGUUAGCAGUAAUAGCAGGUCUAUUGAUGGGGAUGGCUAAGAUGUGGAAACCUCACAUCCUGGUCAUCGCUGGACGCUGUGUCAUGGGAUUCUACUGUGGUCUGUCCUCAGGGUUAGUUCCUAUGUAUAUAGGGGAGAUAGCUCCAAUGGCCUACAGAGGAGCUCUGGGAACCUUACAUCAACUGGCUAUUGUUACUGGUAUACUACUGAGUCAGGUGCUAGGUCUAGAGUUCCUCCUGGGUAAUGACUACUACUGGCCGGUGCUGCUGGGUCUGUCUGGAGCUCCUGCUGUGUUACAGUCUCUACUGCUGCCACUGUGUCCUGAGAGUCCCAGAUACCUCUACAUCAAGAGAGGCAUGGUGGAGGAGGCCAAGAAGAGUCUGCGUCGUCUGAAGGGAGAGUAUGACCCAUCGGCUGAUCUGGAGGAGAUGAGGAGGGAGAAGGAGGAGGCGGAGAAGGAGGCGCAAGUCUCUAUCGCCGUCCUGGUGCGGUCGUCUCUCUACAGGCAGCAGCUGUUUGUAGCCCUGAUGAUGCAUCUCUCACAACAACUGUCUGGAAUCAACGCUAUAUUUUAUUACUCAACAGCCAUCUUUGAGAGAGCAGGAGUCACCCAGCCUGUCUAUGCAACCAUUGGAGUAGGAGUUAUCAAUACCGUCUUUACUAUGGUGUCGGUGGCCCUAGUGGACAGGGCCGGCCGACGGACAUUGACUCUGAUUGGUUUAGGAGGGAUGUGUAUCUGUGCCGUCGCCAUGACAGUCGGCCUCGUCUACCUGAGUGUCUACUCCUGGAUGUCCUACGUCAGCAUGUCGGCCAUCUUCCUGUUUGUGUGUUUCUUUGAGAUCGGCCCUGGUCCCAUCCCCUGGUUCAUCGUGGCUGAGUUAUUCAGUCAGGGCCCCAGGCCUGCUGCUAUAGCUCUGGCUGGCUGCACCAACUGGACCAGCAACUUCAUCAUAGGCAUGACCUUCCCUUACAUAGAGGCUCUGUGUGGUAGCUAUGUGUUCGUCCUGUUUGCGGUGCUGUUGUUUGGUUUCACUGUGUUCACCUACCUGCGUGUGCCGGAGACCAAAGGGAAGACAUUUAAGGAGAUAGCAGCUGUGUUCCAGAAGGGAAGGAAACAGACACCAGGAACCAAGAAGACUGGAACUGGUACUGGAACUGGUACUGGUACUUCCACCGAGCUGGAGCAGCUCAAAUCAGACUCCCACGCCUGACACUCUCAUUAGUCCAGGGGGAUCCAACACUGUUCCAGCCCUGCACUAACAUAUCUUAAUAGCUUAAUCUGGUGUCUUACUGCAGGGCUGGCAUGAUUAGCUGUGUGACAGAAUGUAAAUGAUGAAAGUCCUAAAUCAUAUUGCCAUCUAUAUAGUCGUUUACUUCCAUGAACAACUCCUGACAUGACUAUCUUUACAUAUCUCAUACACAGGGCCCAGAGUUUUUCCUGCUCAGGAUAAAACAGCCAGAAAAACUCCUGUCUCUACUGUAUCAUGCAUGUACAGUACAAUAGUGAGAAAGACAGUAGAUGGUUUUGUUUCUAGAGGCUACAUUGUCCUGUUAUUUACCACGUUCAAUGUGUUUCUGACUGAAUGUAUUUACACAAGUUGAAUGUCAACAAAUGGGACUUUAGGAUGACUAUUAAUAAAUGACUACAAAGAUA